AUGUCGCAAAUAACGCCCGGCGAUCACAUCGUGGUCGUGCGCCGCAAUUAUGUCACUAAUAUCGAGACUCCAAGAGUUAUUGGGUACGAUGUCAGCUUUCUUGAUUUGAGAUUCAAGUUUGGCUUUCAACCAGACCUGGCUUUUAUCGAAUCCUGCAUCACAACGAAGACCAAGAUGGUCUCCAUCACCUGCCCCCACGACCCGACUGGUACCCUUAUUUCCAGAGAGGCUUUGGAUGAGCUCGUUGCAAUCACCAAUAGGAAUAACUGCCUUCUGCUUGUCGAUGAAACAUAUCGAGAUGUGUCGUAUUGCAGACAGCUUCCCGUUGCAGCAUCCCUAGGGGACCACAUCCUGAGUGUUAGCUCUCUGUCCAAAUCUUCUGGUGUGCCAGGUAUCCAACUGGGGUGGGCCGUAACUCAGAACAAGAAGCUUCAAGAGAUAUUCCUUGAUGCCAGAGCGCAGAUCAGUAUCAGCGGAAGCGUCAUCGAUGAAUGGAUAGCUUCUCACCUUUUGGGGAACAAGGAGAACACGCUAUAUUUGACGAUCAAAGAGAUUGAAACUAGAGUUGAUAUAGUCAGAUCCUGGAUUGAAAAGAAAGAUAGGCUGGAAUAG